ACCGGAGCUCAGCCUGUCUCGGUGGCUCGCUCAUCUCCUUCAGCUUGGAGCUGCCGCCGCCGCUGCCGCCGCUUGUUCCAAGCGACCCUGCGAAGUACCGUUGCCAGUUUACAGAUAAGGAAACCGAGCACGAGUCUGAGUUAACUGGUCGCAGGUCAGACAGCUAGCAAAGGAUCCUUGCCGGCCCAUUUCAGGAUAUUCUGUUGAACCUUCUUAAGAAUUCAGAGAAACUGCUGGGUGGCCACUGAAAAAAAAAGAUCUAAUCUUAAGGCUUACGCAUAUUCCAUCCACCACAUCAGAAUAAUGUCCUACGUUUUUGUAAAUGAUUCGUCUCAAACAAAUGUGCCCUUGCUACAAGCCUGUAUUGAUGGAGACUUUAACUAUUCCAAGCGGCUUUUGGAAAGCGGCUUUGACCCAAACAUUCGUGAUAGCAGGGGCAGAACGGGCCUUCACCUUGCGGCAGCCAGAGGGAAUGUAGACAUCUGCCAGCUGUUGCAUAAAUUUGGUGCUGAUCUUCUGGCCACAGAUUAUCAAGGAAACACAGCUCUUCAUCUCUGUGGCCAUGUGGACACUAUUCAAUUCUUAGUUUCCAAUGGGCUCAAAAUUGAUAUUUGCAAUCAUCAAGGUGCUACACCCUUAGUUCUGGCAAAGCGCAGAGGAGUGAAUAAAGAUGUCAUCCGAUUGCUGGAAUCUUUGGAAGAACAAGAGGUUAAAGGAUUUAAUAGAGGAACUCACUCAAAAUUGGAGACCAUGCAGACAGCUGAGAGUGAAAGUGCCAUGGAAAGCCAUUCUCUCCUCAACCCCAACCUGCAGCAAGGGGAAGGAGUCCUGUCCAGCUUCCGAACCACAUGGCAGGAGUUUGUUGAGGAUCUGGGCUUCUGGAGGGUGUUGCUCUUGAUCUUUGUCAUUGCUUUGCUGUCUCUGGGCAUCGCCUACUAUGUGAGCGGGGUGCUCCCCUUCGUGGAGAACCAGCCUGAACUGGUACAUUAAAGGAGCUCAUGGGGAUGAGGCCAGUGCCCCAUGAGUGUCCUAAGAUUCUCAUAGGUUUUCUCUAAGUGCAAGGCAGUGAGGGCUGUACAUUCUUUUCGUUGUGCAUUUUUCGGUAUUGUAAGCCUUUUUUGAACAUGUUCAUUUGAACUAACCACAUACCGUAGUCAAGUAUACUUCAUCCUAAAGCUACCUCUGACUCAGCCCGACUUGUAAGGAAAGCCUUCACAUAGCCUUGUUUGAUAAAACGUGGAGGUGACUGAAGAGCAAAAGACAAAGAGACUAGGGAGUCCUUGCUACGGAAACCUUCCCCUAAUAUGGGACCAACUAAAGUGAGGUGUUCAAAACAAAAAGGGUUUUCUUACACGAUUGCUUUUUGUUAGCUGGUUGGGUUUAGUUUUGUUUAUUUUUGCAAGAGCCCCCUUUUUUCUUUUCCUUUUCAUUUUCUGGGAAUAGGGGAGAGAAUGAAAGAUUAAGCUUAAAACUUGAAAUGCUUUUUUCACAUAGCAAAUCAGUAUUGCAGGAAUCUGUUUGGGUUAUUCUAAUAUUUUUGAGUCUAGUUACAAACCAAACGUAACUUUUGGAAAUGAGCUAUAUUUUCUUCAAAAACGACUGAUUUGAUCUUAUAUUUAUUUGUUUAUACGGUAACUUUGGUUUUCUUUUUUGUAAACUAUUUUGUUUGUUGUUAAUAUCUGUGAAAAAGAACUUGCGUUCGUUUUGUUCACUUUCCAGUUUCCCCUAAUGUUUACUUCAAAUAUCUAUUCAUCAGUAGGAAAACUCUUCUCCUACUUAACAGUUAGCAGGGAAAGAGAACUCUGACACGUGUCACCACCACUGUAAUUCUGUAGUGUUAUUAUUGUGGAAAAUUCAGCUCUGCAAGCUAGCUGUGUUGCCACAGCUGUAUCACAGUUCAUACCCUUUUCAUUUUACACGCAAUCCUGUUGGGAGGCCCUGUGAGAAUUGCCGUACCAGUCCCAUCCAUGCCAGUAACUCUCUGAUGCGGGAACGGGCGGAGCGUUUCUAAGUUGACACUUGGUGAGCACUGUUGUACCGGGUGCCACCCGUAAACUCUUUAUGAACGGUAAUAUUACCUAAAUUGAAAUCUGGUCCCCAAACUAUAUUGCAGCUUUCAGCAGUAUGUCUGAAGGCCUCUUUUGUUAAUGAUCCUGUUCUGUAUAAAUAUUUUCUUGAGUUUUUAAAAAGCAUAUGAAGAGUUACUAAUUAUUCAUUGAGUAUAGUCAGAAAAUUGUAGUGAAUGAACUAAUGGUUUUAUUUUUUAGAACAAAGGCAUCUAAGCUCCUGCUAAUUGAAUUGUUGCUAGAAGUAGAAAUUAUAGUUUAGAGUAGGAUUGGUAUUUCUGUGAUUCUUGUUGCUUCUUGAUAUAUUCUCUUGUGUUUUAUAUAUGUAGGAUUGAGGCAUUUUCUUUCACGUGGCUUUAUCCUCUCUUAAAGAGCUGUUUAAAAAUUCCUGAUUUAAUGGACUGCUUCAGGAUCAGCUCACAGAGUCUUGUUUUUAGGGUAGAAACAAAACAGAUACUUGGUAAAAACAGCAAAAAAAAAACCCCUCUGACUUUAGAAUGGAGAACACUAGAACUCAAAAUCAGAGUAUAUUCAGAAUGAAAGCUUUGGAAUUUGCUUUAUGUUUGUUUGUUAAUAUAAAUAGGUAUGCAGAAUUGGUUGACAUAUAUGUAAAGAUACUGCAUUUUUUAAAAGAUUUUAAGUGCUGAUUUCUUUGUAUUUUUAAUCUCUGCAUUCAGCAUUCAUUAAUACUACCAAUAAAUGCAUUUCUAGUCUCUUAAUCACAA